CUUGGCCCCGAUUAACUUCUUCUCCUAUCUAGAUAUUACUCUAUAAAAUCCACUCUAAUCACUGCGUGACGUCAUACGAAAAACCAGACAGCAAGCCCAGUUAUUCCAAUGCAAGUUUACUUCCUGGCAUCCUGGCAUAAUCAACGAUAGAUUUUUUUUUUUGAAAAAAUGCGCCUAUGGCCGUCUAGUAAAGAGACGGCUGAGCCACCAGUAUUUCUAGAAUGGAGGUCAUCGAAGAUCUUCAUUAUUUUCGUGGUUUCGUUUGCCGUUUUCACGGAUAUCCUACUAUAUGGGCUGAUUGUUCCUGUGACUCCAACCGCUCUGCAUGAGAGGGUCGGUCUAUCAGAAAAUAAUGAACAAAGCUGGACAUCUAUUCUAUUAGCACUCUACGGAGCGGCACUAUUGGCAUUCUCGCCUAUUGCUGGAUACAUCGCUGAUAGGAUCGAGUCACGAUGGUGGCCACUUAUGAUCGGCUUAAUUGCCUUGGGUGCCUCUACGGCGUUACUUUGUGUCGGCACUCAUCUCGGCCUCUGGAUCGCCGGCCGUUUAUUCCAGGGCGCGUCGGCGGCAGUUGUCUGGACCGUCGGGUGUGCACUUUUAGUCGAUACAGUGGACAAAGAAGAGCUUGGACAAUCAUUAGGCUAUGUUAGCAUGGGGAUGACUCUUGGGACCAUGGGCGGUCCCCUCCUCGGAGGCGUUAUUUACGAACACGGAGGAUAUUAUGCCGUUUUCGGAUUGGCCUUCGCGUUGAUUGGAUUGGAUAUUAUCUUUCGAAUCAUUAUGAUAGAGAAGAAGCAUGCCGCGAAAUGGCUUCCACCCAAGGGUGGGUCCUCCAAGGGUGAGCAAUUAGACCAGGAAGCUGCCUCGCAAGACGCCACAGAAUCUUCAGUCAUCGCUGCACAGGACAGCGACCACAAAAGUGAAAGAAGCUCACAAGCAGGACUACCUGGAUCGUCAGAAAGCGCACCAAUCUCCCAGGAGUCAAAAGGCCAGGAGCUCGACCAUUACAGUCACUCGACAAGCGCAGAACCCAAACCUACAAGAGCUAUACUAACUCUACUAGUGUCGCACCGCAUGCUAGUCACCAUAUGGGCGUACUUCAUACUAUCGACCGUUCUAACCUCCCUUGACAGCGUGCUUCCCCUCUAUGUUAAAGAUACAUUUCACUGGGGUCAGACAGGUCAAGGGUUGAUCUUCGUCCCACUAUCCAUUCCCCACCUCAUGGACCCGCUAGUCGGGUGGCUCAUUGACAGUUUUACAAAUACACGGCGCUACAUUGCAGCGGGCGCACUUUUCGCAACUAUUCCGGUCAUUGUCUGCCUCCGAUUCGUCACAGACGACGGAAUGAGACACAAGGUACUGCUCUGCGCCUUACUGGCCCUUCUUGGUGUGUGUUUAGCCUUCCUUAUGCCACCUAUUUUGGUAGAAGCAUCAUACGUCGUUCAAGAAAAAGAAGAAAGGAACCCCAAUAUUUUCGGUAAAGGGGGAGCGAUGGCUCUUUCGUAUGGGAUUUUGAACGCGGCCUUUGCGGCGGGCAGUAUAGUCGGGCCGUUUUUUGCAGGCUUUAUUCGAGAAGAUGCUGGUUGGGGCACCAUGGCGUGGGCACUUGCCUUGCUAACAGGUGUGUCUGGUAUACCGGUGCUGUUAUUCUUGGGGGGAUUCCUUUUCUCGAAGAAGGUGAGAGCUCAGUCCCCUGCAUGAUUUGGGAGGCUGGCUAUGCGUAUACAAACAUUGGGGAUGUAUAUAGAUACGACACAGUAUAAACCGAAAAGUUCUCCGCUCCACUUAAUCCUAGAACAUAAUUUAAUGUAAUAGGUACAGCCAUGCUCAAAUCCCCA